AUUGACCGAAUUGUUUCAUGCCAGUUCCGUGACUGUAUUUGUGUAAUAGCGCCCUCUGUCGAUAUCGUGGAGACAUUGACCAUCCAAACACGUGUGUGUUGAAUGUCAACAUAAAAUUGUGUUGUCGAUUUAUUGUACAUCAUCAGUGCAUAUAACUCGGAGCUUGUGUGAUACAUACCACUGCGGUGUAUAAAUCGACAGCAUGGAACUCCACAUAUUGCCGCAUCGACUUCACAUCGCGUCCAUCCAGAAAAAAGACAUUGGCCUGUUUUCGCAUUCGCUGAUAAGGCUGACACUGUUGCACCAACACACAUGCUGCAAGUUUUUCAGUUUCACAGAAACCUGUGACGAUUUUUCCUUUAUCGUUGACGAGCAGGGCUUCAGCGAGCUCCCCUGUAGAACUGAAUUAAUGGUACAGCCCACAAUGUGGCUUGUCCUUAACGCCAUACCGAGUCCCACAGACGCUGAUGGCAACGCUGGGCUCACCAAGACAACCAAGUCUCUCGUCAUGCUCCUCGCUGACAAGAACAUUUCCAUCUUCAGCCUGUCCACGUAUCAGACAGAUUUCAUAUUCGUGAAGGAUACACAAUAUGAUCAGGUUGUGCAGUGUCUGCGGCCGCACUUUGCAAUAUUCCGAGAGAAUUCAGAGGGCGAGUUGUUUCCAGUUGCGUCAGAAGAAUCAAAGGAUGCAGUUCUUCAGAUGCCUACAGAACCAAAAUCACCAAGACCCAUUGUGCAUUCCUUCCGAAGUCCAGACAACCGUUUCCUGAUGACGAGUCUGCAGCCUGAACUUCUGUCACACAUAGCCAUCACACUGCUGCAACUCAUGUUUUAUUCAGACAGUUUUCUUCCUGCGCCGAAGGAUGGGCACGAGCGGUUUUUAUCGCUGUCCAUCAUCAGUGAUCGGAUAUCACUGGUUGUGGACACAGAAUCGUUAGCAUUAUUUCCCGCCGGCAGCGUUUGCACCGGAGCAGAGGAAUAUUGGAGAAUGAUCAAGAUCGGCAACCUUCCGCUGGGGUUCGAUGAGAGUGGUAUAGCCGCUCAGAUCUCUGAACCGUUAGCAGAGAAGAAUAUACCCAUGUACUAUAUCAGUACGUUUCUGAACGAUCACACUCUGGAGUUGUGGAUUUAUGACGGCACGAUGGAUCGGUGUUCAAUUACAGCUGUACUGUUCAUAACAGCUUUUGUGAUACAACCAACAUAUGGCAUUAUUGACACCAUCCCGCCGAAAGUAACCAAAUGCCCCCAAGACAUACACCGUACCGUCCCCCUUGGAACUAGAUUCAUGAAAGUCUAUUGGACCACCCCUACGGCCGUGGACAAUUCCGGAAAAGUCCGAAUCGAUUAUAACUUCAGGCCCGGAACCGAUUUCCCUGUGGCCUCCAUACCAGUGACUUACACCUUCUCUGAUCUUGCGGGGAACCAGGCAAUUUGCAAGUUCUGGGUCAACAUAACAGAAGCUCUUUUUGAUUGCAUCAUCCAAAAGAUCCAACUCGAAACCCCGUCUGCCUCACCCUCACCAUGGACUAUUACCUCCCCCAAAUACCCCAUGGAAUAUCCCAUCAACUCCAACUGCCAAUGGGAGGUCUGGAAAUCUGUCACCAACGGAUCAUCGACCAAUGGGAUCCUCUUAAAGAUCCAUGAAAUCCAGCUGCAUCCUAGUGAUGUUGUAGUCGUCACGGAGAUGGGUUUCGAUGUAACAACCACCUACAGUGGAAGGGUGCCUCCACGGACAUUACUUUACCAGGGGGUGGGUUUGAGCAUUAGUUUCCAGACAGGAAACGGUGGACGGGCAACGUUUAGGGGAUUCUCGAUGGAGGUAGAAGAAGUUGAAAUUCAAGAUGGCCAGUCAAUUUGUCAUGACGGUUACCAGUGCAGAAUGAGUACCAUCUGCAUUGCCCAUCAGCAUCUGUGUGACCAUGUCAUUGACUGCCCGCAUGAAGACGAUGAAGUAAAUUGCAUCACAUGCCAAGAAAACAUCACUACUCUGCCCCUCCGGUUGACCCUUGACCCCAAUGAUGUCAUCCAUAGCAACGCUCACCAACUCAAUGGAUCCGAGUAUUUUGAAUGGUGUUUCACGGCCUCCAAUGGUUACAAUAUCACGCUAGACUUCGCUGCUCCAGGCAACGACUACUUGCUAAUGCAGAGCCCAUUGGACAUUUUUGGUCAUGAUAUGGUGGCCUUGAAGAGACACACCACUAGUCGCUCUCUCAGCUACAAUGGCACUUCCUUGGCAUUGAGGUUUUAUCGGGGCACGCAAGGAAAUGGCUCUGCAUUUUCCAUCACGGUCCAAGAAAGUCAAGGGAAAGGCUAUUGUGAGACGGGAUACCAGUGCACUGGUUCCCGUUUCUGCAUUGAUCGCGAGAAUGACUGCGAUGGCUUCUUGGACUGCCCACAAGGGGACGAUGAAGUUAACUGUCAGAGACGCUGUCCUGAGUCUUGUGUUUGCGAGACAUCCCCAGGGGUUUUGAAUAUUACCUUCUGCCAUGAAAUCUGGAGCCCUGAAUUCUCCAGAUCUGCCCCAGGGAUCACCAGCAAACUGGAGAUAGGCCUAAAGAACCUGGAGAACAUCGAAUCUGGAUUUUUUGAGGGUCUGACGAACCUCAAAAAUUUAAUGGUGGCUUCUAGCAAAGUCACCAAUCUGGAAAGUGGUGCAUUUCGCAGCCUGGAAAAACUCCAAUAUUUGAAAUUACAUAACAACAGUUUGACAAGACUUCAAAGUGAUAUUUUUGCGGAUGUACCUAAUCUUGUGGAGUUGGAGUUGAGUUAUAACAAACUGGCAGAGUUGGAUCGCGACGCUUUCCAAAAACAGACAAAGCUGGAAAAAUUGAAUCUUGAAGAAAACCAACUUACGAGCCUGCCUUCGGGGCUGUUCAGAAAUUUACACCAUCUGCAAUAUCUAUAUCUGGAUCACAACAAUUUAACUCAUCUGCCGGCCGACAUUUUUGAAGGACUUGUGGAGCUCCGGAACUUGAGAUUGAAUUCCAACGGACUCGAUCAGUUCCCACCAGGCAUCUUUCAAGAUCUUCUGAACUUGAUAGAAAUAGAAAUUUCGACAAAUGACAUCACAGAACUGGCGGGUGAAACACUCCAUGGACUUGUGAAGCUCCAAAAAAUAUCAGUGGAGGGAAAUAAACUUACUCAUUUUGAGGACGGUUUCUUCAGUAAUUUUACUCACCUGGAAGGGAUAUAUGCCCGUAACAACAGUAUCAGCGUCAUCAAACCGGAACUGUUUCAAGAUCUUGUAAACCUCACGUGCAUUGAUCUGAAGAACAACCAGCUGACAGAAAUCCCCCAUAAUGCUUUGCAGGGGCUGACCAAACUCGGCCAAUUAUACCUUUCAGGAAACCAACUUACAAGUCUGGAUCCCCGUCUUGUGGAGGGACACACUCAGCUUGAUAAAUUGGAAAUUCAGGGGAAUUUCUUGAAAUCUUUGCAGCCCGGUCAUUUCAGAGAUCUAGGAAAACUGACAAGUCUAUACUUAUCAAACAAUGAUUUGACGGAGCUGAGGACUGGAACCUUUGAGGGACUAGGUUCAGUCUAUGACCUACUUCUGGACUCCAAUGACAUUGCAGAGUUGGAACCUGGGAUCUUUGUCGGACUGGACUCACUUGGCACUCUGGACUUGAGGAAUAAUCAGAUUUCAGAGUUGAAGGAAGGAGUCUUUGAUGGUCUGACUAACCUUCGUCAUCUGUACUUGUCCGGGAAUCCUCUGAGUAGAAUUGAUGAGAAAGUGUUUGAUGUCUUGCCCCAACUGACAGUUGUCUCUACGGAUAACCACGCUGUGUGUUGUCUUCUCAACUCGUCCAUCUUCUGCGAUGUCAACACAUCGCCUCCUCCGCCGUACUUCACCUGUGACCGUCGCCUGUUGACGCAGGACAUCAUGAAAGCGUUCAUUUGGUUGCAGGUGAUUUUUGCAAUCACCGGUAACCUCGUGGUGUUGCUAUGGCGAGGUCGCGAACUCCGAGGCCACAAGAAGAAAACGCAGACGUUUCUGAUUCUGAACUUGGCGGCGUCGGACCUCCUAAUGGGUUUCUACUUGUUCAUCAUCGCCUCGGCCGAUCUGCACUUCGGCGACGAUUUUUUCUUGCAGAUGGAUUCGUGGCGCGCCAGCUUCACUUGCAAAUUCGCCGGAGUCGUAGGUUUGGUGUCCAGCGAAGCGUCAGUGUUUCUGGUAACACUGAUCAGCGUUGACCGCUUUCUGGGCGUGGUUUUUCCGUUCAGCAGCCUCCGGAUGUCCACUCGCAGGACGGCCAAGGUUCUGGUGGGAUUGUGGCUCUUGGCACUCACUGUGAGCGUUACGACGAGCGUUCUGUCGGCCACUAACGCCGACUUUUAUGAGCUAUCCAACGUCUGCUUAGGUCUGCCGCUGUCGACCAAACCGACAAACGUGACGACUACCAGGAAAAUGUCAGAGUCCAGCAUGGGUAACGUUAUGGUCAAGGAUGUUUACGCAUCUGGCUACAAACCGGCCUGGCUUUUCCCAAUCGUGUUAUUCCUUGGCGUCAACCUUUUCAGCUUCCUCCUCGUCCUGCUCUGUUAUUUGGCCAUCUUCGUCUCAGCUCGAGCCUCCUCCAAGAAAUCCACGCGGCCGGCCGACAAGAGUGAAGAGAUGCGAUUGGCCAUCAAGAUGGGGCUAAUAGUGGGCACCGACUUCUGUUGCUGGGUACCAGUGAUUAUCAUGGGCAUCCUGUCCCAGUCUGGAGUUGUGGUAAUUGAGCAGACAAUGUACGCUUGGGUGGUCAUCUUCAUCCUUCCCAUCAACUCCUCCAUCAAUCCCUGGCUCUACACUCUCUCCACGAUGCUCCCCGCAAUCUGGUCCAGCCGCAGUCGCACAAGCUCCACGGAUACCGGGUCCAGUACAGUCUCAGCCUCUGCCAAAGCCAGAGUGGCUGGCUACAGCCGGGGGAAGGAGAAACGGUCCUCAUCGUCUGCCUUGUCAAGCCCUGGAAUUGGAACAGCAGAAAAGCAGUUCUAGAGUCAGAGCUGCAGAAUCUGUGGGGUGCUUUCUCCUUCUGCAUGUGGCAUGGUUCAAUCAGAUUGUGAUUAGGGACAAGUAGUUUUUACUAGUGAUCAUCAUUACAUGCUUUGUGUUUGCGCACUAAUCUGCAAAUAUCUCUCGUCAGAAUUGUGGUAACUUAGCGGUCCUGGCUCCUUGUAUUGUAAUACACAUGGCUGCUGAGAACCAGUGAUGCAACCAACUUCAGUAGGCUGGUUCCGAAACAUUGAGUGGACUAGAGUUGAAGCACCAUUGACAAGCUUACACUAUUACUAUUAAAUAGUUUAGAUUGCUUUUAUUUGAAACUUUUGUCAAAUAUAGCUAUGGUAACCAUGAAUGAUCUCUCCAAAUUUGUAGUGAAUUUGUGAUUACCAAACAAUUGUUGACAAGUUUUUCUUAAAUAUUUGAUAAAAAAGUUUCACAAGGCAUGAUAAAUUAGGCCUAUGCUUCGUAGUAAGAAACUGGUUUUCACAGUUGUCAUCAUCUGUAUUAAAAGUAGCAUGAAUAUUUAGGACUGGAAAGUAUGUGGUAAGUUAACUGAGGUUGAAAAAGAAUGUUGAUAGUGUAAAUAAUUCUGUAAAUGAAAUAUAUCUAACUUUUAUCAGCUUUGAAAUUAUAUUUAACCUAUGAAUCUAUUUUGGCUGUCAUUUUGUGUACCUACUAAAAUAUGAGGAUUGUAGCCUAAUUUCACAAUUGUUAGUUUGAAAUCAAGAUGAGAUAAUUGUUCCGAGUAGUCCAAUAAAUAUGAACAAAGAAGUUGACUGUAGGGGGAUUCAUUGUCAUUGUCACUUUGGACUAACAAACAGGCACUCUACCAACAGUUAUUCAGUGGUCGAAGGUUCGAAUCCUGUUCCAUUUGAUUUCCUUAUUCAUUUAAUUCAACAC